UAAGCGUUUCAAUAGAUUUCAAUCAAACUUUUUUGCUUUUUAAAAUCUCGGUUUACUUUUUGCGACGCAAUGGAGAUGAUUCAGUCAAGGAUUUCAAAUGUGCCGUUUUUGGAUGGAGCAAACUGCAUGUAUAGAACAACGAACAAGAGCCACUUUAAAUCAUUUGACAACACCGCCAUGCAGAAAAGAGAUGCUAUCCUUCAGCCCGUCUCAACACUUUUACAGCGAGGAGACCAGAAUUACCAGAGAAAGGACCAGACAGAGACAGCGCUGUCCUACCCAUCCCAUCCACUAAUAAUCCAUGUCAUCCCGCCAAUGAUAACCCACCUCAUGAUGCAGAGAACCAACUUUAAAAUGCAUUCUGAGAACAGGUGUGGAGACUUUAAGACUACUCAAGCAGACUUCAAGCCCUUACCCAUGUCUGCAGCCCAAAUAAUUCGUCCCACCACCGCAGUCAGGAUAAGUCUCCCGGGGAGCAAAUUUCCUGAAACUAUGUACAGAUCCAGUUACACCAAACACGAGGUGUCAUCAGACCUUAGGGCAAAGGAAACAGUGAACACAGGUGUCGGGUCAAGUCUGAAAGAGGACAAAAAAGAUGAAUUCAGUUCCAGUUAUCAUGAGCAGUUCCAGUACAGAUGGUGUCCUACUCCUUCUCCUCUUCAGUCCGCAGAAAAGCAACGGAUUCAGUUUUCAUCUGUAGCGAUGGGAGACCGAGAAAAGAUACUGGGCAAACUAACAACAUAUUCCAGCUCUUUCAGUCAAUCAGGUGCCCACAGCUAUGCUAAGUUCAAGGAAUGUCUGCUUCCCAAGAUAAAUAAAUCCCGGCCCAUCAACCUCCGGGAACUUGUUGAUGAAAAAUGGAUAACAACAUCAUCUGAGGAAUUUCAUGCACACAAAUGUGGCCCUAUUCACCUAGAGCGCAGAGACCGGAACCUCAGCUCUGUGUUCAAAGGAGAGAAACUUGAGGGCAACCAGGAGAGACUGUCAACAACAAACCAGUGCUUCUUCCCAAAGAUAGACCACACUCAGUUCCCAGAGCAUGUGGACGGAUCUUGUAUCAGGACUUUGAGCGAUGUAAAAUUCGGGCGGCCUGAUCUGGCUGGAUGUUUCUACAGCACGACAUCACAGGAGCAGUUCCCAUCAAAACAAGUGGACCGUCCCAAGCCACCCAUCUACCCACCUAGCUAUAUGCUGCUUGAGCAAGAGCCAGAUCGGAUGCUUUCAACUGUGCAAAAAGAUUUUGUCCCCCUGAACUCUAGAAGACAGGAACUGAGCCCUAGCCAGCUUCAGCAGGUUAAAGACAGUCAUAUCAGGCCCCGGCACAGCAAACAUGACUUCAGGACAACCCACAACGAAGCUUUUGUGCCCAAGCCCUACUGCAAGGCAUCGCUGGACAACCCACCCCUACAACACAUCAGCCAUAUGCCAUUUUAAGUUGAAAAACAUAUAAAUUACAUUUACAAAAAAAGGAAGGUCUCUAAUCAAAUGUAUGGUUUAUUCAAGUCUUAGCACAGGGAAAUUAAAUGCAAUCGACAAAAUCCAGCUCAACUCCAUCAUAAAAUAAGAGCAAAUAGAAACAAUAUUUGUUAUUAUUUAAUGACGGACUUGCGUUUGUUGAUCAUGUUUAAUGUCAAACACCUGGUAAUACACACAGACUACCAUGAAAAUAGAAUAAGGACAUUUGUGCAGACCUUUUUGCUUUUGACUUUAAUUAAACAUUAAAAUAUUAAAAACUUUCAAAGCAUCACUUUUUUCUAUGUACGCUCUAUAUAGAACCUU